AGAUGCCAUGCUUCCAACAUGGAUUCUUCUAGUGGAAAACCUACCUUUUCAUCAGCCAUCAAUGAUCUGAAGGAUGAAACUGAACUGGACCGUUUAAAAAACAUUAAAAAGCCUGAAGAUAUAAGCCAGAUCAGGGACUGGAAGGACAAAUGCCGUGAAGAACAUGGUCCAGCUGUUCUUAAAGAAAUUGAAGAUGCUCCUGGUCAGCUGAUGGAGUGUGUCUUGCAGUACGUCAAACUUGACAAACUGCAGAUUGAAGUGAACCGCAGCAUGGCUCGUGGCAACUUGGAUCGCGUCUUCAAAAAAUAUUGUGGAUACCGGGACGACAUCUUGUACUGCGUGGACACGAUGCUGACGACGUUCCAGACGUGCAUGACUGCCCAGCAGCUUGUUGACGUCAACGUCACACGUCGAGCCGUUGAUGCUGCAAUCAACUUCACUUGUCAUGACGAUGGCGACAGAAUUGCUUUGUUCAUGGCGGAGCAGGGGGUGGAGUGCGUGAGGGAGCACAAGGAUGGCAUACGCACCUGCAUCGAGGAUCGCGUGCCCAGCGUCAAGACCUCCAUUGAUGACCCUGACUCCCUCAGCCUUGACCACAUCGUCAUCAACGAACAGCAGUGCGAGAAACUGAAUGCGAUGCACUCGUGUGUCGUACAAGAGGCUGAGAAGUGCUCCGACCCGACCCCGGCCAAUAUCCUGGAUGCCCUCAUCGUGCAGAUGCUCAAAGUGACGCCGUGCUGGGGGUUCAGGGCCGCAGAGCAGUCAGCUGCUAAGGAGGUGAAGGACGCCUCGAGUGGCGCUGAGAGUCUGGGCCGUCUCGUCCGUUCUUCAAUCUCAAACAUCGGUCCAAUUUUCACAAGUGGCUUCAGCAGCAUGAGUUACGUGAGUGGCCUGGUGGGUGCUGUCGGUUUCAUUGUAUCUGCUCUCUCCACUCAGGUCUACUACGCGAUUUCAUUUGCAGUAUACACGCUCUUUGAUAUAUUUUCAGCAGCAAUCGAUAACGUUACAGGCGCUCUUACCUCUAUUAUAAUUGGCUUGUCUUCGUCGUGUACUGUAGUUUCAGGUAUACUACAAGGCAUUCCAAACCUCCUUUCAGAUGCAUUGAAGAAAGAAAGCUAUUUCAAAAACUAUGUAAUUGAUGCGCAGAGUAUAUUGAGUAGUUAUCUCGGGGAGCACAUAAAAGAAGUCUUCGAGAAAACCUGGAUUUUGUUCUCAACGAACGUGAGCAUUCCAGGAGCGCUUGUGGUGGUCAUGGCAGCGCUCACUGCCGCUCACUUAGUGCUCUAGAACUCUAUUUUUAUGUGACCCGAUUUAACAUUCUUGUUCUGUACUCCGCGUUUUAAAAUGUCGUAUUUGACUGAUACAUGUGCAAUGGAUAGAUAGUGUCUUAAACAUGACCGAGUAAUGUUUUAUCAUGCGCAUUUUCUAUUCUACUGAUAAAAGUAGUUAAAACAUCGACCUUUUGCUGAUGACUUGAUAUAUUUACCCAUAUUUUUUAUUUAUUCGUCUCGGUUCUACUAUCUAAAAACUUGGUUUUUAGAAAACCAUGGUUUUCGUAGGAGUUUUACCUCUUAUAUUAGUUUAGUUGGCCAUGAAGGGCUUUUAGUGCAAUCGAUUUACUCAGUGAUAGAUUUUUGAUGUACUAGUCAUUUACUGCAUGUCAUUCGUUCGAGUCACAAAUAAUUCCUAAGUUUUAUCCUCAUGCACAGCAUUGUCACUAUCAUUUGCCUAACUUCUUACGCUCUUCAACGUUCGAGCAUAUAUUUAUGAAUCGUUCGAGAAUUUAAAGGUGACCAUGACUCCUUUUUAAUUUUAAGAUCAAUGCAAAAUCUCAGCACUUAGAUCAGCUGAAAAUAUUGCAGUCUAUUAAAUCGUCUUAUACUUCUGGUAAGUUUCUGCCUAGAAAUGCUAUUUGUAAGUUAAGUUCCUGAUAGAAUGGGCUGGAUAACAUUUGGCAAACCGUAUAAUAAAGGAAGUGUCAUUCUUUUCUAUAAAUUAUAUUUGAUCGGCAUGCAAACAUUUAUAAAUGAAUAUUAAAACCAGCAUUUGUGCACGAUGAUUUUCUAAAGCUGUUCUUUUUAGCGCAUUUUCUCAUUUAUGGAAAAAAGCGCUACUGUGCUCGCC